ACGAUUUCUCCCACCGACAUGCAAUUUUUCUCCCAAAAGACCAUCAGGGGCUCAACAGCAACAUGUUACAAGACCUCCCCAGGCGCAAUGGCAAAGUCAGGCCAUCUCGAGCCCUUUGGAACCAUUUCUUCCAAUCGGCUCGACUCGCCCAACUCCAUUUCGGCGCAUGCAAAGUGGGCCAUCCCUGUCACCCUCCUCAGAGCUCGACGCUGCGCUGCGUUGAUUGAAUUUGGCUGUCCUUUGGCGGGCUCGACUUUUUGACUGCCAGAACCAGGAGGUCUCGAGGUACCGACCAGCCGUCGAGGCUUGCGGAGACGAAUCAACCUUGGCCAGAGACCAGUUUUCGUUUUUUGCAAAUGACGCUGCAACGUUUGCCAUUGCUCAUCCGUCAGCCUCUUCCAUGAUCACGCUUGCAUCGCCAGCAAUCUUUACCGACAAGCUGUCGCCGUCCCUCCAACUUUAUUCGCGUGCAGGCGUAUCCAACCAGCCCCCUUCUCUGGUGGCGCAACAUCAGCCAAACGUCGUGGUUGUGCUCGCAUACGGUGACCACCAAUACCCACCACCACCAGCUGCCGCGGAGGCACCUAGCUAGCAGCCCAGGAGCGUAUUACCGAGCCAUAGAUAUCUCCACAAGCUGUCGACAUUGAUUGUUGCGCUCUCGACAUCCUUGACCUCGUUUCCUUGUCUCUGCUGCUCCCCAGCGAUCUCAAUCGCCCCUCGACUCUUCUCUCUGAACCUGGACUCCUUCUCUCUUCCGUCUUCGGCGCAGCUUGGUUCACCGUGUUGGGGCUCUGCGAACCUCGCUACAAGGGCGCCCAUUCGUUACCAUCGCCUCUCAGGCUGGGUCAUGCGCUCGUGCUGCUUGCGCAUCGCAUUCUAUCCUGCCCCGAACAACGAAACCGACCGAGCAUCCAUUCAUCCAUAAGCUCACGCCACCUCGCACCCUCCUCGACCCCAACGGCGAUCGAACGAAAACAGAGCCCACUCGCACCUCAUUGUAAAAGAGACGAACGAGCACCUCCAACCUAUUUGUCGACUCCGUCACCUGUGCCAUCGCACGAGGCUCGGCACGACCGGCGUACUACAUUCUCAACAUUGCGGCGGUUGCACUAGGCGGUACUGGAUUGUUUGUCUCACAAGGGCCCGAAAGCGAUUGCUGCCCAAGCAUCCUGCCGAUGGGCGAGGCGUUGCACCGGACCGUCGAAGCUUGUCAAACCAUUCCGUGCGCAUUUGAGGCGGGGAAGACGCUAGGGGCUGGUUGACAGAACACCUGGCGACGGCGUAGCAAGGAGCGAGCGGGAGCCGUCGACGCCACCAUGGAUCCGAAUCUCAUGAGACACAUCGAGUAUUUCUCGGUGCCUAAUAAUCAGACCGGCAAAUCGAUCGACCGCGCUGGCGCAUCGCGCCCGGCCGCGCCGCAACCCCUUUCGCCAUGGAACACAAGUUCUCUGGACCCCGCGAACCAGCAGCACAGCACCGCCUCGUUCGAGGCCUACCAGCAGGCCCAAAACCAGGCUGUUGGCGGGAUAUCCUUUGACCCCCCUGAACGGCAGCGGCCCCUCUAUAGCCAAGGCCCGAGACAAAUCCUGCCGACACGUACCUCCAAUCCGGCGAGAGAUAGACACGACAGGAAGCGAUCAAAGCUCAGCACCGACGCAACACCUUUCGACUCGGUAGACUAUUGGCUGCAGUUCGAUAACAAUGAGGAAGGGAUUCCAGAGGAAUCGGCGGCGGAUUCGGCGGCCAAGGCUGAAACCCAGGCCAAUUCGGCUAAACAGGGAGCUGCGGACGCGGACAGGCAACGAAAAAGCAGGCCAUCCGCGUCGAGGCAGGUCUCGCAGUCAAACCUAGGAGCGACUGACGAAGGUGUUGAUGAUAGUGCGCUUGACAAUGCUCUUUCCGAUGACGAAGAUGAGAACUUCUCCAAUAUCAACCUCGCGGAGCAUCUUUCGAAAAUAGACUCGGUCGCGCCCUCGGAGGUGCCACAGCGUGAGGGCUUGUACUCGACACCGCUGAGCUGGGAGAGGCCACAGCCAGGCUUGAGGAUGGAUUCAAUCAUGAGCAUCCAGAGUCCAGCCACCCUCGACCAAGCAGAGCAACGGCGGUUGAUUGCGAUAGCGAUGAACCCCGGACCAUCUUCGGGAGGACUUGGCUCGAGCAUCGCCGGCCACUAUCAGUACGACCUAGGCCUAGGACCAGCCAUGGGGUCUAGCAUGAGCGCGGCGAUGAGCCAGAUUGUGAAUAUUAGUGGCACCCAUCCUCAGGCGGCGCGGCCAGGCGCAAUGUACCCACCCUAUCACCCACCCCGCGAGGGGAGCAUGAACGACAAGGGAAAGGACAAGGCUGUCAAGCCCGGAGACCGCACGGCCCAUAACGAUAUCGAGCGCAAGUACCGGACGAAUCUCAAGGACAAGAUUGCGGAGCUCAGGGAUGCAGUCCCGGCGCUUCGGACGAUACCAGAAAACGACGUGGACGACGGGGACGAAGGAGGUCAGCCGUCUCGCGGCCCCAAAGUUAGCAAGGGCGCUGUUCUCACCAAGGCGACGGAGUACAUCCACUACCUGGAGAAGAAAAACAAAGCGAUUGUGCAGCAGCACCAGGAGCUCUCGAGGAGACUUCAGGCCUUUGAGCAACUUCUCAGCGCGACAGCACGCCCGACUUACCAGAUGCCGAACUAUAGCAGAACGCUAUUCGACCCAAGAGCGUUCUGUUGAAGCAAAGUUAGAUUUACCCCACCCGGUUUGGCGGACAUUCAAACUGUACAUAUUACGACCAUACACGGCUCUUUAUUAUACCGCAUUUGCAAUGCCGUUAUCUUGUUGUUGAGGUCAUAGUGGGAUCUGCGUCUUCGGUCCAGGCGACGACGCGUUCCGCCUAUCGUCACUGUAUCACGAACGAGAAAGGAGGUCCCGAUUCCGUCCACCCAUCCCUGCCCUGUCUUUGAUUCAUGGCUAUACACAUACACACGCAUAUACCGUUAGAAGCCUGUCAGCCUACACUUCAGGUAAAUAUGUGCUUGGCUGUUUUACUUUUACUCCACUGCAUUUUUUUUCUGCAAUACAAAAGGGGAUAUAUCGAGGCAGAAAAUGUGAGUUUAGCAGGGAUCCGGCGCAGGCGAGCCGUCUGUAUUCACGUUUACUUUCUACCUACUUGUUGGUGUCUUGAUAUAAUCGUUAUUCAUCCGAAGAUGAGCAAAGGGGGGUCUAGUUUGGGCGAACCAUAGGGCCCUGGCUUGGAAUGGAAGGCCAUGUUUAUUCAAUCACCAAAUCAUAUUGGGACUCGGAUGCCUCCUUUCUGCGUGCCUCCUUUUUCACUUGCUUUUUUUUUUU